AUGAACAACCCACAAACGUUCAAUAUCAUCAACCCUAAUCGUGGUUCACAUCAAGUUUAUUAUGAGAGUGUAGACUCGCGUUCAAUUUGGCGAAGGUGUCUACAAUAUCGUCCCCGUGUUAAGGAUUUGAAAGUCUUAAAUCCACAUCGUGAUAAAACACGUCAAAUGCCCUGGUUUCUACGAAAGCUGCGUUGUCGUAGCCCUGGUGGUGUUCGUAGCAAACAGGCUUCAUUAUUUAGGUCCUUCCGCAUCCGUGAAGGCCGCGCGGACAUAAGCGUCGAAGAUCAACUCCUCGCACCGAACCAACUCUUACCUAUACAGCACCCUGCUAAGAUUCUCGACCCAGCUCCACAAAAGGCAUGUGUCGAGACUUCGAAACUUGAGACAAUAGUUGGCGAACCUGCAACAGGAAGAGUCCUGUCUCCGGUAUAUAAUGCGAACUAUGGUCCAUAUGAAACAUAUACACCAUCAAACUCAAAUCACGAAAUUGGUAUGGCUUUAACCACACCACAAACAAUAUUGAACUAUUCAAGCUCCCAAGAGGAUACUCGAAACAAUAACGUCCAAAAGAGAAGCGACAGAGACACCUGUGGUGAUGCCAGAUCCAAUGGUACGUCCUCUUGGGGCAUUUUGCAGAUUGAAGAGGUAGCAAAAGGCACCGAACUUGUAGACAUAUCUACUUUGGUGCCAGCAUAUCUUCAAGCGAAAAGGAGACUUGUUGCCAAUAAGAUUCCUGCAGAUGAAGUUGAGCAUCAACCUUUGCCACUGUCAGCUUCAACAAAGAACCUGGUUCAAUUAUUGGAGAUUGAGGCUUCUCGACAGGAGCAGGAGCAGGAGAAGGAAGAAAUGGAAAAGAUAAAUCAUCACAAUGGAAGUUUACGAGAACCUAGAAAACCGAGGGAUUCCAGAAGACGUGGGCAAGUUUGGAAUAGUGAGGAAACGAGGAAGAGUUUCCUUGCGAUAGAAGCUCUUGAUGCAGUUGCUUUCGGAUGA